ACAGAGCAGCAGAAGGGAGCGCUGACGGGCCACUAAAAUCUCUCUCCACACUCUGGGACAGAAUUUACAGGCGCUCACAGAGAAGGACCCGCCCGCCUCAACCUACAACCGUGAAUAUUUGUUCUUAUUUACUGCUCACAUGAUCAUGCCAAACGUAAUCGUUUUGAGCCAUAUGCCAUGCCAUCUUCUCUGCUAACGCUACAUCUUAGCAACAUUAGUAGGAGAUAACUGUACACACGUUUCUGAUUCAUCGACGUGUCUCUGUAACCCAUCUGCACAUUGUGGUGGCCUGUAGCAGAGAGUAACAGCAACACAGCACAGAGAGUAACAGCAACACAGCACAGAGAGUAACAGCAACACAGCACAGAGCAGGCGAGACGCCAAGAGAGAAGUAGCGACCUGUUAUUUUCUCUGUUUCCCAGCCUUUUCUUGAGCGGAAGCAGCAGCCUCUCUCGAUCAGUCCAUCUGUGAGAGUCACGUUGGCCUACUUUGUUAGCAGACUAUUAUCUCUCCCGUCGGUUUCCAAAACCGCGAGUGGAUCCCUCGCCCUUUAGCACUUGAAAGGAGGGUUUCAGCAAAACUUAAUAUUACAAUUUAUUUUUCAACAUUUUCAGGAGAAACAAUGUUUUCUCUCCUUAGUGUUUUAUCAACCAAUCAACCAACCACGAUACACAGCUGCAGUCACGCUAGUCCCACCUAAUCAACUGGAAAAUAUACCUUUUUCUAUAAUUAUCUUACAUUACACUUGGUGAGAGAGCUUUAUCUCAACCAAGCCUAACCAGCCUCAUCCUAACCUAUUAUGAGUUAUGACAACUCAAACUCCGCCCCUGGCGAUGACACUUGGGGGCGAGUGGGAAGUGCCAAUGAAGAAGAAGAAGAGGAGGAGGAGGAGGCGGGAACAGGAGUGAGCUCCCCCGGCAGCAACAACAACCAUGGCAGCCAAUCGGGAACUUCGAACUUGGCCAAUCGGGUGCGAGGAUCCUCUCCAAGUGGAUCCGGCUCCGGUGGCUCGUCUGGGGGUGACCAGAGGGGUCCCGGCUCAGAUGACGGGGACGCUUUAUCCAGCGGGAACGACUCCGGGGAGAGGGAGUCGAGUGAGGGAGGGAGCGGGUCCAGGGGACAUCAGUCCAGGAGUUCCCACUGCUCCUCCAGCCAGAAGGACUCGGGCAUGAUGCUGGAGAACACAGAGAGCAACAAGAGCUCUAACUCUCAGUCCCAGAGCCCGUCUCCCCCCAGCAGUUCCCUGGCCUACAGCCUGCUGUCAGCCAGCUCAGAGCAGGACCCUCCUUCCACCUCCGGCUGCAGCAGCAACGAGCAGCACCAGACGGCCCGCGUCCAGACCCAAAAGGAGAUGCUGAAAGCCCUGAAGGAGCUCAAGGUCCGCCUGCCGGCCGAGUGCAAGGGGAAAGGUCGCUCCAGCACCCUGGACGCCCUCCGUUACGCCCUGAACUGUGUGAAGCAGGUUAGGGCCAACCAGGAGUAUUAUCACCAGUGGAGUGUGGAGGAGUGUCACGGCUGCAGCCUGGAUCUGUCUGCAUAUACCAUUGAGGAGCUGGACAACAUCGCCUCAGAGUACACCCUCAAAAAUACAGACACCUUCUCCAUGGCGGUGUCCUUCCUGACAGGCAAAGUGGUAUACAUCUCCCCCCAGGGCUCAUCCCUGCUACGCUGCAAGCCAGAGAGGCUCCAGGGGGCCAUCUUCUCCGAGCUGCUGGCUCCUCAAGACGUCAGCACCUUCUACAGCAGCACGGCCCCCUGCCGCCUGCCCGCCUGGGCCACCUGCAUGGGCUCUGUGUCCCCACCGACAGACUGCACCCAGGAGAAGUCCAUGUUCUGUCGCAUCAGUGCUGACCGGGCGCAGGGAGGCGAGAUCAAAUACUUCCCCUUCCGCAUGACCCCCUACCAGCUAACCCUGAGGGACUUAGACACCUCAGACCCCCAGCCCUGCUGCCUGCUCAUCGCUGAGCGGGUACAGUCUGGAUACGAAGCUCCCAGGAUCCCUGCUGACAAGAGGAUCUUUUCCACCAGUCACACUCCCAGCUGUCUCUUCCAGGAAGUAGAUGAAAGGGCUGUGCCGUUGUUGGGCUACCUUCCCCAGGACCUGGUGGGAAGCCCUGUACUCCUCUACCUCCACCCAGAGGACAGACCGAUCAUGGUGGCCAUACAUAGGAAGAUCCUCCAGUCUGCAGGCCAGCCUUUCGACAGCUCUCCCAUGAGGAUGUGUGCCCGCAGUGGGGAGUACGUGACCAUCGACACUAGCUGGUCCUCAUUCAUCAACCCCUGGAGCAGGAAGGUGGCCUUUAUUGUGGGCCGCCACAAAGUCCGAACCAGCCCCCUGAACGAGGACGUGUUCACCCCUCUGCGGGGCUGUGAGGGCCGCCCCAUGGCCCCGGAGAUCGUUCAGCUGAGCGAGCAGAUCCACCGUCUCCUGGUGCAGCCGGUCCACAGUGGAGGGUCACAGGGCUACAGCAGCCUGGCCUCAAAUGGAUCCUGCUCCCUCGAGCAGCAGUACCGACGCACGGCCUCCUCCGACAGCAAGUCCACCAACGCCAUGGAGGCCAUGGAGGCAGCCGUGGUCGCUCUACACAAACCGAUGACGUUCCAGCAGAUCUGUAAGGACGUGCACAUGGUCAAGGCCAGCGGGCAGCAGGUCUUUAUCGACUCUCGCAACCGAGCCCUGUCCCGGCGACACGCUGUCACAGCGCUCCGAGCCAUCGGAGAAGUGGAGCCCAUCAAGAGUCUGAUCCCGGAGGUGGUGUGUCCACCCAAAACCCCGGUGCUUAACACCCAGCAGCUGAUGAUGGAGGAGCCCCCCAGUGCCUACAGCUACCAACAGAUUAACUGUCUGGACAGCAUCAUUAGGUUCUUGGACGGCUGUAACGUUCCCAACAAGGUUAAGAGGAAGUUUGGCUCGUCCUCUGGCACGUCCACAUCGGACGAAGACAAACAACAGCAGGAAACCGCUGGGAGUGCAAAAGGUGGUCCGGCUACUACAGUCACCCUGGUUGGGGACUCAGCAGGGGUACCCCCCCUGGCCAUGCACAGCCACAAGGCGAAGAGUGUAGCCUCAUUCACCUCUCAGUGCAGCUUCAGCAGUACCAUCGUCCACGUGGGAGACAAGAAGCCCCCCGAGUCAGACGUUGUCAUGGAAGAUGCUCCUCCCACUCCUAUGCCAGCCACUCCCACCACGACCAAGUCUCCACCGACCGCCAUCAUCGCCCCUCCCCCGCCCAAAACGACCUCUCCACCCAGCCGGAGAGGAGGCGGCCUAACCAAGGGCCUGGGCCUGACCAAGGAGGUGCUCUCUGCUCACACACAGCAGGAGGAGCAAGCCUUCCUCUGUCGCUUCAGUGACCUGAGCCAGCUGAGGGUGAUUGAGCCAGCCUCGUCCCUGCGCUGCCCGCUCCCUAACAGCAACCCCCGCCGCAGAGGAGCGUGUUCCCCUGACUACCCUGCAGCUGGAGGCAGCAGUGGAGCCAAGAGGCUGAAGCAGCAGGAGUCCUCAGAACAGAGGGGCCCUCUGGCUCUGGGCCUGACCGGACCCCUCGGGGGCCCCAACGUCGUCCCCAUGAACUCCCCCAACACCUCCACCUACACCCUCCCAAUGAUGCCCCUGGGGCCUCCCACCACAUCUUCCUGGCCCCCCUCCGUAGGAUCCCAGGCCAGCCUACCCUCUGUGCCCUACCCCUCGGGCACGCUCCCCCUUUACCCCAUCUACCCUCCUCUCUCCCAGCCCAUACAGAACCAGAUGGUACCUCCUAUGAUGGCCCUGGUGCUGCCCAAUUACAUGUUCCCACAGCUCAACCCCAACCUCCCCCAGAUGGCCACAGCCAUGAACACAAUGGGAAGCCCCAUGCCCCAGCCGGGAGCCGCCAUGGUUACCCCCGGCCCACAGCAGUUCUUCAACCCCAACGCUGGUUUCCCCUUCCCCGGUAGCAACGUCACGCCGUGCCCCAUGCCUACCAUGCCCUCGCUCAUGCAAACUGCCAUGCCUAUCCAGACCCAACGGCCAGCCUCUGGGUCCAGCACCCCCCAGUCAUGUAGUCAAGUACCAGUCGACCAGGAGGGUGCAGAGUCGCCCCUCUUCCACUCUCGCUGCUCCUCCCCCCUCAACCUGCUGCAGCUGGUGGAGGAGUCGCCUAGCAACCGGCUGGAGGUCGCCACGGCGCUGGCUGCUUCCAACACACAAGGGACUCGGGGGAGAUCGGCAGAUGACUCCAAGGAGAACGCCAAUGAUUCCAACCAGGAUGGUGAAUCCACCCCCAGUGACCUACUGGACCUGCUCCUGCAAGAGGACUCCCGCUCAGGCUCCCGGCUCAGCUGCCUCUGGGUCAGGGUCCUCUGGGUCAGGGUCCUCUGGGUCAGGGUCCUCAGGGUCGGGUUCUGUCUCCUUGGGCACUGUGUCCAACGGCUGCAGCUCCUCAGGCAGUGGAACUAGUCGCAGUCGGAGUAGCCACACCAGCAAGUACUUUGGCAGCAUCGACUCGUCAGAGAACGACCACUCCCGCAAGCAGCCAGCAGGUGGCAGCAGAGCCAGAGGAGACGGGGAGGAGCAGUUGAUUAAGUGUGUCCUGCAGGAUCCCAUCUGGCUCCUCAUGGCCAACAC